AUGGAUCCCACCACUACAGAUGCAGCUGCCGUAGCUGCAGCGACCACCGCGGAACCGACCGCGCCCCCCGCGACAGCAUCCGCAGCACCAGCAGCAGCAGCAGCACCACCACCUCAGGAGCAACCGCAACAACAGCCCCCCGCACAACAGCAACCCGUCACGGCCCCCGUUGCGAAGCCUUCUGCACAAACGGCCCAGCAGCGUCCGGCCCUCGUUCAACCGCGUGAUAGAUUUUACCAGCAGUCUCUCGGCGCCUCGCUGAACGCAAACGUCAAGAAGGCGCGCGUUUUGAUGGUUGGAGCUGGCGGUAUCGGAUGCGAGCUACUGAAGAACCUCGUCCUCACAGGCUACGGCGAGAUCCACGUCGUCGAUCUCGACACCAUCGACUUAAGCAACCUCAAUCGUCAAUUUCUAUUUCGACACGAGCACAUCAAGAAGUCCAAGGCUUUGGUUGCCAAAGAUGCGGCGCAGCCCUUCAACCCAAAGGUCAAGAUCGUCUCGCACCAUGCGAAUAUCAAGGAUUCUCAGUUCAACAUCAGGUGGUUCAGGGACUUCGACCUUGUUUUCAAUGCGCUGGACAACCUCGAGGCCCGGCGGCACGUGAACAGAAUGUGUUUGGCUGCGGAUGUUCCCCUCAUUGAGAGUGGCACAACAGGGUUCAACGGCAACGUUCAGGUCAUCAAGAAGGGAGUCACCGCGUGCUACGAUUGCACGCCCAAGGAAACGCCAAAAUCUUUCCCUGUCUGUACUAUCCGAAGCACGCCAAGCCAACCCAUUCACUGCAUCGUGUGGGGCAAGAGCUAUCUUCUCAACGAGAUAUUUGGCACCAGCGAAGACGAGUCUGCAUUCGAUAACUCGACUGAUGCCGACAACGCCAAAGAAAUUGAGGAGCUGAAGAAGGAGGCCGAGGCGCUGCGAGCCAUCCGCGACUCUCUGGCUACCGAAGCCUUCCCUCAGCUUCUCUUUGACAAGGUCUUCAACAGUGAUAUUGUGCGAUUGGCGUCGAUGGAGGAUGUAUGGAAGUCUAGAAGAAAGCCCGAGCCUCUUGAUUAUAAGAAACUUUCAGAGCAAUCCGCCGACGCUCUUGCUGCGAAGGAGGCGAUCUUGCAGGAUGGUCAGAAAGUGUGGAGCUUAGAGGAGAAUUUCGCUGUCUUCGUGGACAGUCUGGAUCGGCUUAGCAAACGCAUGCAGGAACUGAAAAAAGCGCAUCAAGACGGUACUGGAGCUGAGCCUUUGAUCAGCUUCGACAAGGAUGAUGAGGAUACCUUAGACUUCGUCACAGCAAGUGCAAACAUUCGCUCUUUCAUUUUUGGUAUCGAGCAGAAGUCUCGCUUCGACAUCAAGCAGAUGGCUGGCAACAUCAUCCCAGCCAUUGCGACAACCAAUGCCAUCGUCGCAGGUCUAUGUGUUCUUCAAUCAUUCAAGGUAUUGAGGGGUGAAUUCACUCAGACUAAGGAGGUGUUCAUCUCUCCCCACAACCCGGCGCGUUUGCUCAAUUCUAGCAAGUACCGGGCUCCCAACCCGGACUGCCCUGUCUGCAGCGUAUAUCAGACGACCAUCUCCGUUGACAUGUCCAAAGCCACGCUAAAGGACCUUGUCGAAGAUUUCGUACGCUUGGAGCUCGGCUACGGAGACAAGGAGUUUGCCGUCAACAACGACACUGGUCCUCUAUAUGACCCUGACGAGACUGAAAAUCUACCCAAGAAGCUCAGCGAGCUUGGAAUCAAGGAAGACUCCUUCCUUACUAUUAUUGAUGAAGAUGAUGACGAGCCUUUCGUCAAUGUUGUCAUCAGUAUACAAGAAUCUAAGGAGUCCCUUGGAGAUAAGCCCGUCAAGGGUUUGGUCGUAGACCAGAAGCCCGAAAUCCCUCGCAAGCCCAAGAAGGAAGUACCUGCGGCAUCCGCGGAGUCGAACGGCGCGAGCCAACAGAAUGGAAAGCACUCGUUGGAUGUCUCGGUGGAAUCGCCAACCCUCAAGCGUCCUAGGCCUGACGAUGGAGACGAGCCAAUCGAAGCCAAAAAGGUCAAGGUUGCGACGGCCAGCAGCAGCGAUGAUGUGGUCAUCGUAGACGAUUCCACAGGUGGGGCUAUCGUCAUCGAAGACUGA